GCCGCCGCAUCUUAGCCAACGCGUCUGAUCUUGGCGCUUACAUGCGAAAUAGAAGAACGCCAACAUCUCAGUUUGGCUUGUGUCGCCACCGCGCUUGUCACGCCGCUGAGCCAAAUACGAGGAGGCUUUUUAACAAUAGUUACCUUAACAGCUGAAGAAUGUAUUGUGCGUCGUUGUACUACUGUAGUUAUGCUAAAAUUGUGAUUCUGUGAGAGUGAUUAGAACGAUUACAAAAAUAUAAAAUUAAUAACUUCAAAAGUGGGAAAAAAAUAAAAAGCCAACAGGAGACCGAGCUUCUUUUAAUUAGUCGAGCAAUUACACAAAAUUUGUAGAAAAUGAUACAACAUCAAAUAUAUUUAGUGUUAGCAUCAAUUGCCUCCAUAUCAAAUGCAAUUCGUGUAGAUUGGAAUACGAAUACAGGUCCCAUUAUUCCGCCCACAUCGACACUCCCGCCUGUUCCUCAACAGCCAUACCGUCAGCCGGCUCCAGUAUGGGAGAGUAGCGAAAAUGACAUUCCCAACCCGCAACCAUACCAUUACAUCUUACCACCACCAUCACGACCGCGGCCAGCCACUGAUAAUUAUGCUCGAGCGUCACCAGCAGAAUUACAGAAGAUGAAUUUACAGUACCAAUCACCGAAAUCGCACUAUGGACAGUUUGUUAACAAUUUGAAUAGCAUUCAAAAUGGUGUUCCCACGUUAGGGGUUCAGUACAUUCCAAACAAAGGACUUAAGUACUUUGCACUGGCACCAUCGUCUGGAAAAGUUUACUAUUCGAAGGAUGUGGAUGGUUUCGAUAAGUAUAACAAACUCAAUGGAAAAUAUAACGCUAAGUUGAAGAAGCACAAGGCCUACGAGAAAGUCAAGCACGUGAAAUAUAACAAUAACGUCUCGUCGAAAUACCAACAACAGGAGCAACAGGUCUCAGAAUCGCAAUUGUCCUACAGUAGUACACAACCUCCACAAUAUCAACAAGCGCAAUACCAUCAACAGAACAACUACCAAGGUCUUCAUACACAAGUCAGUUACAACACACAAGCUCCAAGCCAUGUCCAAUACAACACGCAAGCGCCAAGCCAAAAUGUCUACUACAGGCCAAAAAACGUUUGGGAAGGAUACGUGAAGUCCCGAAGAUAAAUUCAUUGUAAUUAUUAAGACUUGAAAUUUUUUUGGGGAAAAAACUUAUACGAAAAUAAUAUCUAUGUAAAUUAAAAUAUGUUAUAUAUGUGUAUUUACGUAUACCUAUAUAUAUAUGUAAAAAGGAUAGUCGUCUGCGCUUUUAUAUUCUACUUUCGCCUUUGGACAUCACAUCACUAAUUGGUCGAAUAAAUCUAUGAGCAAACAUAUUCCUUGUAUCUAAGGAAGAAAAUGUUGUAUUUAGGUGUUUUGUAUAAACGAAAUUCAUGUAAAUAUGUAUAAUGUGUAUAAAGAUAAAUAAAACGCUAAAAACCAACAGAA